GGUCGCCCGAACCCUAUGCCCCGCAGCGUUCGAUCUCAGGACCGGGACACCCUGGGCCACGGUGCCCUUGUCGGCGCGCGGCGCUGUAGCAGCGCCCGCCUCCCGCUUCCCGCCUCCUGCCUCGGUGGCCGCGUAGGGUGGGAGUCGAGAGCAUCUCCAAGCGCCCGCAUGGUGGCCAAACAGCGGAUCCGGAUGGCUAACGAGAAGCACAGCAAAAACAUCACCCAGAGGGGAAACGUAGCCAAAACCUUGAGGCCACAAGAAGAGAAAUAUCCCGUUGGGCCAUGGCUGUUGGCCCUGUUUGUUUUUGUUGUCUGUGGCUCAGCGAUCUUCCAGAUUAUACAGAGCAUAAGGAUGGGCAUGUGAGAGGGCCAGGAUGUUGUAUGCUGCUGCCCUCCUGCUGGCAGGUAAAGAACCACUGAGGCCUUCAGCGGGUCUAUAGGAAGCGAACAAGCCAUGGGUGAUAGAAAGGCGGUCCCCCGUUCCCUCCCACUCCGUGGUGGAGGUCAGACCAAAUUGCCUUCUCACAGGACAUCUCCACGCAUCUGUGUCCUCCAGCGGAAAGGACUCUGCUCUUCUGUUGACUGAUCAGAAGUCACGUGGGGGGUCCUGGCAGCGGCGCUGUCUGUCUGGUUCCCCCGGUUUCACUGUGGUGUGCAUGUGGCCCUCUGAGCGACGACCACCCCUUUACAUCCUGCCAAUCGAUCUCUUCUGUGUCAGGAAUUGGUUUUACAAAUAAAUGUCUUCAUUCAACCUUAA